AUGCCUCUAGAGGCCGCCUCUAUGCCUCUAGAGGACGCCUCUAUGCCUCUAGAGGCCGCCUCUAUGCCUCUAGAGGCCGCCUCUAUGUCUCUAGAGGACGUCUCUAUGCCUCUAGAGGACGCUUCUAUGCCUCUAGAGGACGCCUCUAUGCCUCUAGAGGACGCUUCUAUGCCUCUAGAGGACGCCUCUAUGCCUCUAGAGGCCGCCUCUAUGCCUCUAGAGGCCGCCUCUAUGCCUCUAGAGGACGUCUCUAUGCCUCUAGAGGACGCUUCUAUGCCUCUAGAGGACGCCUCUAUGCCUCUAGAGGACGCUUCUAUGCCUCUAGAGGACGCCUCUAUGCCUCUAGAGGACGCCUCUAUGCCUCUAGAGGGCCGCCGCCAGGAGGAAAUAUAUUUUUUUCCUUCUUUUAAGUCCUUUUUUGGGGGAAGGAUUUCUGUAUUAACGCCUUCUAUUUGA